AUGCAUGACGCCUGGGCCCGCCUCUACAGCGAUAUACACGAGGUCUCUCAGAAGAGGUGGUGGACCAGCUACUAUGCAUACCGAGCAGAUUCUACCAGAAAAGUAGUCUUGAAGAGGAUCGACCUCUCGAAUCUCAAGACCAGAGAGUCAAAUACUCUGGUCUGGGCAUACUCACAAUUGAGGGAUCUCUCUAAUAUCUAUGUAGUCAGAUGUUCUGUGGUGCACUAUGCGCCAGGGGACAGUCUUCUUCUCGAGUCUCCUUUUGAAGAGGGAUGCAAUCUCAUAGAUUACGUUAAGCGCAGUUGUGCGUCCUGUGAACCAGUCUCUGAGGAGGCCCUUUGGCCUAUACUUUCUCAAAUAUCCAUGGGACUCGCAUACUUGCAUACUCCUGCAGGCAAAGGGGUCAUUCUACACCGGAAUCUAACGCCGGCGAACGUCCUCGUGGUAGCAAACGGUGCUAUAAAGCUUUCGGACAUCCGGCUUGGCCCGCUAUUUGACGAUGAUGAGCCCACGGCAUUUCGAGCGCCAGAGCUGCGAUCGUCCGGUAGCUUUAGUGCAAAGACCGAUAUCUACUCUAUGGGUCGUAUUAUAGCUGAGCUUUGCAUAGCGGGUCCCUUAUCUGCCGAGACAAUAACACGUUCUGCACUGGAAUCACACGGCUACACCAGUGUAUUUGCAACCUUACUCCAUGCAUGCCUAGACCCAGACCCAAGCAAACGGCCUACGGCGUGGGACAUAGCGGAGCAAAGCACUCUUAUUAGAGAGUUGCGAGCCAGAAUGAUCUACGCUCACAUGACAGCCAGUAACUCAGAGGAAAAGCAGAUAGCGCCGCCUUCCACCUUUGUUGAUAGUAAAACAUCACUCAUGUUAGCAGCAGAACGCGGGUCAUUGGUUGGCGUACAGACUCUCUUGUAUGAAGCUGGAGCGGUUUGGUCAGGUCCUCGAGAACUGCCCGGAACAGAAAUAAUCACUGCUACAGCGGCAACUCUAAGCCUCGUAAACGGCCACAAGGAGUGCUUUAAGGUACUGGCCAAGCUAGAGGUUGGCCUUGCUGGUGUCACGCCCCUAAUGCUCUAUGCAACUGGGACAGUUAAUUUGCCGUCUGAUCCCACCACUUUAGAAACUACCGUCACUGCCCACUGCAGUGCUGCAUGCAUGGGGAUCACUGCUCUGAUGGUUGCUUCCAUGUGCAAUACUCCUGUCCUGUUUCCGUUGCUCCGUGAGGAGCUUCUGUUACUUGAUAGCCACGGGCGAUCUGCGUUAGUAUACUUGCGUGACGUUGAAAGGGACACUUGUGCGGCUUUGCUGCGUGUUGUAGACGAGGAUGGAGCACAAAUACACCCUCUCAGCAGGGCGCUGCUCCUGGGUGAGGAGGUCAGCACCGAAGUGGUAGGUAUGAGUGACGAUCUUUGGGCGCAGGACAGCUUUGGGUGGUGCCCUCUUUUGUACGCGAUAGGCUUUAAUCGUGCGUAUGCUGUGCGCUGCAUUUUGUCCUGCGAAAAGCAGCCUCCACCUAACAACAUCCUUGAAGCGGCCUUACACAUUGCACUUGCUUCACGAGGCUCAGAUGAGGUGUUGAGUGAGCUUCUAGAACGUCUAGAUAGAUAUAAGAUCACUGUAAGGACCCGAAGAAGGUAUGGGGACGUUACCCUAAUCAAAACUGAGCUUAUGCAUGCGGCAGCAAAGGGCAGUGAGGAUGAGGUUCGUAAGUACAUUCACCAGUUGGGGAAGACCGUUGCAAGUUUAGAGGGAGGAACAGCCCUGAUCUGUGCUGUCUCAGGAGGUCACGUCGGGUGCUGCCGACUACUGUACAGGGAACUAGGUAUGCAGGACAAGCGCGGACGUACUGCACUCGACCAUGCAGAAGAGGGUGGGCACUCUGAAUGUAUGUGGCUUCUUCGGCAUGAGUCCGGCCUGUCAAAAAAUGAAGCCCAAUGA